ACUACCAGUGUCCAUAUUCGCCUAGCAACGUGCAACGCAUAGGUUAGCUAGUGCACAAAUUAAUUAAUUGGCGAGACCAAAAGACAUGAAAGAAGUGGGACAAUUUUGCCGAGGACAAUUAGGGAAAUUGACAUUCUCUGCAGACUGAGGAUUAACUUAUCAAAUUUUGAAAACAGCAGCAAGUAUUUUAAGAAAAAGACAAAGACUUUGGUGAAUGAGGUUAGGCAUGUUAAUUUUGUUACUUUAGCCGGUGCAAGAAGAACUUGAAUUUUGACAGGAUAAAAGAUGAGUUCCAGAAAUUCUUUGAGUAGCCGGGAUGGAGGAAGGCCCUUCUCAGCCAAUCGUACACAACUACCACCACAAAGGAGGAACGGCCGUCCACAUUAUCCAGAGAUCAAACAGAGGGGUUACUACUCGGAUAUACUGUGUGGUGAUGCUGAUCAGAGACUUGGGAAUGUCUUGAGUGGUGCUGAGACACAGCAAGACACGUUAUGGAACAUAGCCAAAGAAAAACACACUCCUAUGGUGACUUCCUUCAAAGGCCCACAAGGAACAGAACAAGCUACUGCUGAACUUAGUAAACAAGUGUAUGGACCCACCAGUGAGAUAUUGACAAAAUCGGAUUUCCCAGAGAAGUCUUUCCUUCCCAAAGUCCAGCUACCAUACUUUGUAGCCCCAGGCCAGUGCCCACGUAAGAUUGAGAUUGAGCGACGCAAGCGCCAUUAUCAGAACCAGACAUUAGAGGAUCUACUAGCCACGGAGGAAGUUCAGACUGAAGCCCUCAUGCCUAAACAUAUCACAGAGAAGAUCUCUGUCAAGCUGAAUGGCAUGGAUGGGGAUGAAGACCCCGCCCCCUUCCCAACAUUCCUGCCUUUGGAUAUCUUUACGGAUACAGAGUUUGAUUGCCGGACCCCCCAGGAAUGGCUUCAUAUGGGCGUUGAGAAUGGUCACCGCCUCCCGGUACCCGGUAGAGCUCUCUUACCAGCUUGGGAUUCUCCUGAGAAAUUGGACCCCAAGGACCCAAGCCUGGAAUAUGAGUGGUUUGACGUUGGUAUGUUGGACUAUGACAGUGAAACUCAACUCUAUCUGGUGCAGAAGACAGACUUGAACAACAGGAUACUGGAUGAGAAUGGGAAGGUUGUAAUCAACGGAGGCAAGAAUGCUGAUGGUACCCGCACCCUACAACCCAACCAGUACUGGGUACCACGCAUCCAGCUCAUGUUCACAGCAGAGGAUCCUCUCGUCUUUGCCCAAGCCGUAGUCAAUGCCCACCGUGCCCGCAAACGCACAGAAGCCUUGCUGAGAUACAACCUGUACAUAGAUUGUAUGCCCAUGGAAGGGCUCGUGGAACUAGACCCGGAGAGUUUGAAGAGGAUGGUGGAAUGGGCUAAGGGGGCACCUGCCUUGGCAAAAGAUAAGAGUUUGGAUGACUACAUCCACACGUUGGAAAAAGAAGUGAACAUUGAUUUCAGCCGAGCCAUGAAUCGCAUCACCUUUGAUCGGAUUGUCCAGGCCAAACCAGACAUGUUUGCCUUUGUCACCGUCCCGGACCCAGUUGUUGAGACAGUUCCAGAGAGGGGUUUCUAUUCAGAUGUCCCUGAGUACCCAUUUGAUGAGCAGUAUGACAACUUUGCCUUCAACUCCUUGCUUACACGAGAAGAGGCCAUCCUAGCCAUGACUAAAGUCCGGACGGAAUGUAACAAGGUGUCAGGAAUGUCACUGUUCCAUGUUCCGAUGAGCAAACACAUGAGACUGGAGGAGUUUGAGCAGACACAGGGCCAGGCUAGCUCACAGGUUCAGUUAUUCCUGAAGGACAGUUGGAUAGGCACCCUACGUGCAGCCAUUCGGACCAGCCUGCGAGAUGUGGGCAAGGGAUGGUUCAACCUUCAUGAGACCAACUGGGAGGUGUAUCAACGCUCUAAACUCAAGAAGUUCAUGGAGAUGGUCAAAUUCUGUAUGCAGGAUUCCUUGAGGUAUUUGGUGCAAGACUCUUUAGUCAACUUUACUCAGAUGAUCCUGGAUGCAGCCUGUGCAGUCCUGCCUCUCCCUGCUGACUUGGAAUGGGAUAAAGAUCUCAUCAAGGUCAAAUACAGGCCCAAGAAGAACUGCCUAUUUCUGCUGGAUCUGAUGGUAGACAAGGAGGGAUGUCAUUACAGCACCAAUCUCAACAACUUUGAGGCAGCCUUAGUGGGUCUGUUUGACAAGGGAAUCGCUUCCACACAGAAUGUUCCACAACUUGAGAAGUAUGUGCUGGAGGACAUUUUCUGGGCAGACACGCCUCUCCUUGAGUCCGUGGGGGAGCAUGAACCCAGAGUGGAGGAGCUCAGAGACACCAUAAGGGAUGCCAUCCGCAAAGCACUGGUCCCCAUGAAAGCAUACGCUAGAGCUUAUGAGCAGUUCCUGGAACUUAUGAACCUGGACAUCAAUGAGUACAUCAAGGACUAUGACUCUAAGGAGCACACAGCUGCUGAAGUCAAGAAGGAGAUUGAGAGUCAUCUCAUUCAGAAGGAGCUGUUGGAGAACACCAUCCCUAGCACCUACAUCAUCGGUCCCUUCCACAUCAGCACAGAGAGCGUCAGGCAGGGCUUGUCUAAGAAGCGUAAGGCCUUGGCCAAUGCACUGCUGGAACUCCUGGCCCAGAAACUACGCAAACAAGCGGAAGAUGCAUGCGAGGAGUUCAAGUUCAUAGCUCGCAAACUCUACGACCGACCCAACUGCAUUGAAGACUUGGCUGAGCAGAAGGAAUGGAUGACCACCAUCCCUGACAAACUGAAGGAACAUCAAGAACUGAUUGAUAAGGCUAUGACCGACUAUGAACUCAUUGAGGAGUUCUAUUAUAACCUGUCUACGGAUGACUUCAAUCUCAAGUGGAAUGCCAUUGGUUGGCCUCACAAGAUUGAGAUUCAAAUGGAAACCACACUUGCUCAGCUUGAGGAGGACAAUGAACGCUUUGAGAAGAUUCAAGUCACCGAUCAGAAUAACUUCACUGACAAGUUGGAUACUCUGCAGAUGGUAGUUGCUGGUUUCGCUGCCCACACUGACAUCAACAAAGCUCAUGAGGUGGCUAACGAAGUGAGACGUGUCAACAAACAGAUGAAGGAAUGCCAACAGCUAGCUGCUAUGUACAACAACAGAGAGAGGCUGUUUGAGAUGCCUAUCACAAACUAUGACAAACUCAGCAAGUUGGUGAGAGACUUUGAACCCUUCAAGAAUCUAUGGAUCACCACCUCUGAUUGGCUGAAAUGGCAUGAGAGUUGGAUGACUGAUCCACUCACAACCAUUGAUGCUGAGCAGUGUGAGAAACAAGUCAGUGACGCCUUCAAGACUAUGCACAAAUGUGUCAAGAUCUUCAAGGACAUUCCCGGUGUCCAGUUAGUAGCCCAGGAGAUCCGCCGUUGGGUGGAGGAUUUCCGGCCUUACAUCCCACUAAUCCAAGGUCUCCGUAACCCCGGCAUGCGUAGCCGUCAUUGGGAGAUCCUGUCUAAGGAACUAGGUUUCACCGUUGUACCCAAGGCCUCGUUAACCUUCAGCAAGUGUCUGGAGAUGAAGCUGCAGGAUCAUAUUGAGAAGAUCUCCAAGGUGGCUGAGAUUGCUGGCAAGGAAUACUCCAUUGAACAGGCCCUGGACAAGAUGGAAGGUGAAUGGAAGCCAGUUGUCUUUGAGAUCAUGUCUUACAAGGAUACUGGUACCUACAUCAUGAAGGGAUCUGACGAGUGUACACAGUUACUGGAUGAUCAUAUCGUCAUGACACAGAGUAUGUCCUUCUCACCUUACAAGAAACCAUUUGAGGAGCGGAUUAGUACAUGGGAAGGCAAGCUACGCAUGACACAGGAUGUACUCGAUGAGUGGCUCGUGUGUCAAAGGUCAUGGCUGUAUCUGGAACCCAUCUUCAGCUCAGAUGAUAUCAACAGGCAGCUGCCGGUAGAAGGCAAACGGUACCAGACUAUGGACAGAAUGUGGCGUCGUAUCAUGAAGAACGCUAAGGACAAUCCACAGGUUAUCUCCUUGUGUCCUGAUGCCCGCCUCCUUGAGAACCUCAAGGAGUGCAACAAGCUCUUAGAUCAAGUCCAGAAGGGUCUUAGCGAGUAUCUUGAGACCAAGCGGGCUUCCUUCCCUCGAUUCUACUUCCUGUCAGAUGAUGAACUCCUGGAGAUUCUGUCACAGACCAAGGAUCCGACAGCUGUCCAGCCUCAUCUCAGAAAAUGCUUUGAGAACAUUGCUAGGCUGCAAUUUGAAGAUGACCUCCUGAUCACCAAGAUGUUCUCAGCAGAGGGGGAGGUAGUGCCCCUGUCCCAGCCCCUCUAUCCCAAGGGGAACGUGGAAGAUUGGCUGCUGGAGGUAGAACGUGUCAUGAUGGAAAGCAUCAGGAAGAUUCUAGGAGAGUCUCUCAUCAAAUAUCCAGAGACCCCUCGUACUGAGUGGGUUUUACAGUGGCCUGGUCAGGUGGUCAUUGCCGGCUGUCAGACAUUCUGGACCAAGAUGGUAGAGGAGGCAAUCCAAGAAGACAGACUGGUGCCAUUCCUGGAGGUACUCAAGCAACAGAUUGCAGACUUGGUUCAAUUAGUGCGAGGUGAUCUGAGUAAGAUUGGCCGCAUGAUCCUAUCCGCCCUCAUCGUGAUUGAAGUCCACGCCCAGGAUGUGGUAGCCAAGAUGUGUGAGGAGAAAGUGGCCAAUAUCAACGACUUUGAGUGGAUCAGCCAGCUUAGGUAUUACUUUGUGAAUGAUAACAUGUACGUGCGUGCAGUCAACGCUGAAUUCCCCUAUGGUUAUGAGUAUCUGGGUAACUCUGGCCGACUCGUCAUUACUCCAUUGACUGAUCGUUGUUAUCUCACCCUCACCGGUGCCCUGCAUCUCAAGUUUGGUGGGGCGCCAGCUGGACCUGCAGGUACUGGCAAAACUGAAACUACAAAGGAUCUUGGCAAGGCCUUGGCCAUCCAGACAGUGGUCUUCAACUGUUCUGACCAGCUAGACUUCAUGGCCAUGGGUAAAUUCUUGAAGGGUCUAGCCAGCUCCGGUGCCUGGGCAUGCUUUGAUGAGUUCAAUCGCAUCGACAUUGAAGUGUUGUCUGUAGUUGCUCAGCAGAUUAGCACCAUCCAGAAAGCACAACAGCAGAAAGUUGACAGGUUCAUGUUUGAGGGUGUGGAGAUUGCACUCAAGAUCUCCUGUGCUGUCUUCAUCACCAUGAAUCCUGGUUACGCUGGAAGAACAGAACUGCCUGACAACCUGAAGGCUUUGUUCCGUCCGGUAGCCAUGAUGGUACCAGACUACGCCAUGAUUGCUGAGAUCUCUCUCUACUCCUUUGGCUUCAGUGAUGCCAAACUCCUAUCUAAGAAGAUCACUACAACCUUCAAGCUGUCUUCAGAACAGCUCAGCUCACAGGAUCAUUAUGACUUCGGCAUGAGGGCUGUUAAGACAGUUAUCUCAGCUGCUGGGAACUUGAAACGAGAGAAUCCGGAGAUGAGUGAGGAACUGAUUGUACUCCGUGCAAUCCGAGAUGUCAACGUUCCCAAGUUCUUGCAGGAUGAUCUGAAGCUGUUCAAUGGCAUUGUGUCUGAUCUCUUCCCCAAGAUCAAGGAGGAGCCCAUAGACUAUGGCACUCUAGAGCAGUCCAUCCGUACCAUGUGUGGCAAGCUAGGCCUCAAAGAUGUAGAUGGAUUCAUUGGCAAAUGCAUCCAGUUGUAUGAGACUACAGUGGUUAGACACGGCUUGAUGAUUGUUGGACCUGCUGGAUCAGGAAAGACUGUGUGUUAUGAAGUCUUGAAGAGAGCACUAACCUCACUGAAGGGCCAGGAAGCAGUUGGUGGAGGAACCUAUGAGAAUAUUAUCACCUAUGUGCUCAACCCUAAAUCCAUCACUAUGGGUCAGCUGUACGGAGAGUUUGAUCUACUGACUCAUGAAUGGACGGAUGGCAUCCUAUCCUCCUUAAUUCGAAUUGGCUCCUCCUCCAUGGAAUUAGACAAUCGUUGGUACGUCUUUGAUGGACCUGUGGAUGCCGUAUGGAUUGAGAAUAUGAACACUGUGCUGGAUGAUAACAAGAAGUUGUGUCUGAGCAGUGGAGAGAUCAUUAAGCUUACAGAGUACAUGAGGAUGAUCUUUGAGGUAGCUGAUCUAGCUGUAGCUUCCCCAGCUACCGUUAGUCGCUGCGGUAUGGUCUACCUAGAGCCUAGCAUCCUGGGCUUGGAUCCGUUUGUCACCUGCUGGUUGAAGCGCAUCCCAGAGAACAUCUAUCCUUACAAGGAGCAGCUUCAGUCACUCUUUGACCGCUUUCUGAAGGAAUCCAUAGAGUUUAUCCGCAGCAACUGUAAGGAGAUUGUAGCAACCAUGGACAGUAAUCUCACCCUCAGUAUGCUCAAGCUGAUGGACUGCUUCUUCGCUCCGUUCAUCCCUAAAGAGGCUGGUGAUCCACCCAUCUCAGAGGAGCGUCUUGAGCGAGUAGCAGAACUCAUUGAGUCAUGGUUCAUCUUCUCUCUCAUCUGGACUGUUGGAGGGACAGUGGACAUGGACGGACGACGAAAGUUCAGUCAAUUCCUUCGGGAAAAGAUGCAGAAAGAAAAUAUUGCUCUUCCAUUCCCAUCAGACAACUUAGUAUAUGACUACAAACUGGAUGAUGGAGGCAUCAGCAAGCGUCCAUCUAAGGAUGAUGAGGAAGAAGAAGAUGCAGGAAAACACAAGGAGGCAUUACUAAGCUCAGGCUCACAAACAGCAGCAUCCAUUGAGGUGUUUUCAGAGGUACGCUGGUUGGACUGGAUGCAUGGUGUGAGUGAGUGUAAGAUUAGCCAAGAAAUGCGUUACUCUGACAUCAUUGUGCCGACACCGGAUACAGUACGUGGGGCACACCUACUGGAAAUGCUGCUCACAAACAAGAAACGGGUCCUGACUGUAGGAGACACAGGUACAGGCAAGACCCUGACUAUCUCUGACAAACUUCUGAAGAGCAUGCCUAAGGAUUACAUCUCCAACUUCAUCAGUUUCUCAGCUCGGACGAGUGCCAACCAAACCCAGGACCUACUGGACAGCAAACUGGACAAGAGACGUAAAGGUGUAUUUGGCCCUCCUCUUGGCAAGUACAUCAUCUUCUUCAUUGAUGACUUGAAUAUGCCCGGCCUAGAGGUAUACGGAGCCCAGCCCCCUAUUGAGCUGAUCAGACAAUGGAUGGACCAUAAAGGAUGGUACGACAGAAAACAAAUUGGUGCAUUCCGUGAGCUAGUAGACAUCAACUUCGUCUGUGCCAUGGGCCCACCUGGUGGAGGUCGUAACCCAGUCACAUCCAGGUUGAUGAGACACUUCAACUUACUGUCCUUCUGUGAGAUGGAACAUAGCAGCAAGCAUCGGAUCUUUGCUACCAUCCUUGACAGCUGGCUUGCCCAAAUUCCAUCCCUGACAGAGUACUGUGCCAAAGUGGUUGACACCACCAUAGAUGUGUAUGAGACAAUCACCACCCAGCUCCUGCCCACACCAGCCAAGAGUCACUACACAUUCAACCUCAGAGAUCUCUCCAAGAUUUUCCAGGGUAUCCUAAUGGCCACACCCGCCAAGAUACAAGACCUCAACAACCUCCUACGCCUCUGGUACCAUGAGAGCUGUCGUAUCUUCCAGGAUCGUCUAGUCAACAACCAGGAUCGGGAUUGGUUCGAAUCCCUCAUGCGUGAUAAGAUGGCGUCAGUCUUUGGUGCUAAACCUGAGGAGGUGUUGCCUACUAGUAACAUCAUGUAUGGAGACUUCAUGGUGGCUAAUGUGGACAAUAAACAGUAUACCUACAUUGAGGAUGAAACUAAGAUGGUUCAAGUCAUGAAGGAUUACCUGGAAGACUACAAUCAAGUCAACACAGCCCAGAUGAAGCUAGUUCUCUUCAUGGAUGCCGCUAAGCACGUUUGUCGUAUCAGUCGUAUCAUCAGACAGCCACUCGGCAAUGCUUUACUGCUUGGUGUGGGAGGGAGCGGACGACAGAGUCUGACAAGAUUAGCUGCUCACAUGGCUGAGUAUGACCUGUUCCAGAUUGAGUUGUCUAAGAACUACGGCGUGAAUGAGUGGAGAGAAGAUCUCAAGAAAGUAAUGUUGGCUGCUGGUCUGGAGGGAAAACCGACUGUCUUCCUCUUCUGUGAUACACAGAUCAAAGCCGAGUCUUUCCUUGAGGACAUCAACAACAUCUUGAAUUCCGGUGACGUUCCCAACAUCUAUGGUGUUGAUGAGUUAGACACCAUCUAUAACUCCAUGAAGCCUAUUGUGCAGGAUGCUGGUAUGCAGGCUACCAAGACUAACUUAUUCUCUGCCUACACCAAGAGAGUCAAGCAGAACACGCACACUGUACUCUGCAUGAGCCCCAUAGGUGAGAUCUUCCGUGCCCGUUUGCGUCAGUUCCCCUCUCUAGUCAACUGUUGCACCAUAGACUGGUUCAGUGAAUGGCCAGAUGAAGCACUAUGCUCAGUUGCUGAGUAUUUCCUCAAUGAUAUCCCUGACCUGGAUGAAGGGGACGAAGUAAUCCAAGGACUGAUCCAGAUGUGUGUGGUCAUCCACCAGUCAGUAGCAGUCAAGUCAGACCUGUUCCUAGCUGAGCUGUCUCGUCAUAAUUACGUCACCCCUACCAGCUACUUAGAGCUCCUGGGCAUCUUCGCUAAGCUACUGACUCUCAAAAAUAUGGAGUUGAAGACGGCUAAGAAUAGAACCAAGACAGGCCUGGACAAGCUCUUGGCGACUGCAGACGACGUAGCCAAGAUGCAAGCAGAGCUGGAGACAAUGCAGCCUAUGUUGGAGGAGGCAUCCAGAGAGACGGUGGUUACCAUGGAGAAAAUUGCCAAGGAUACUAUUGUGGCCAAUGAAACCAAAGAGAUUGUGCAGAAGGAGGAGCAACAAGCUGUAGCCAAGGCUAAAGAGACUCAGGAGAUUGCAGACAGUGCUCAGCGAGACCUGAAUGAAGCUCUGCCAGCAUUGGAUGCUGCCCUCGCUAGUCUGAAAUCACUCAACAGGAAUGAUGUCGUAGAGGUGCGUGCUAUGCAGCGGCCUCCAGCAGGUGUGCGUAUGACAGUCGAAGCCGUCUGCAUCAUGCGUGGUGUCAAAGCCAAGAAAGUCGCCGGUGACCAACCAGGAAAGAAAGUAGAUGAUUACUGGGAACCUGGCAAGGCCUUACUGCAAGACCCUGGAAAGUUCCUGGAAAGCUUGUUUCAAUAUGACAAGGACAACAUCCCUGAUCCUGUCAUCACUAAGAUCCAACCAUUCAUAGACAACGAGGAGUUCCAGCCAGCAGCUAUUGCCAAGGCAUCUAAGGCUUGUACCUCCAUCUGUCAGUGGGUGCGAGCCAUGCACAAGUACCAUUUUGUGGCCAGGGGAGUUGCCCCAAAAAGAGAACGUUUGCGUAUCGCCACUGAGGACCUAGCAGAGACACAGCGACAGCUCGACGAAGCUAAGGCCAAACUGAGAGAGGUAGAGGAAGGCAUUGCUACCCUACAAGCCAAAUAUGAAGACUGCGUGGCUAAAAAGGAAGAACUAGAGAACAAAUGUGCCCUGUGUGAGGCUAGACUGGGCCGGGCUGAUAAGCUGAUUGGUGGAUUGGCUGAUGAGAAAGGACGAUGGCAGGAAUCCGUCAAUCUGCUAGAAUCUGCGAUCAAGAGCAUCGUAGGGGAUGUGCUGGUGUCGGCUGGAUAUGUGGCCUAUCUGGGGCCAUUCACGGGUGAAUACCGUGCCUCCCUCUCCGAUGAAUGGGUCAAGAAGUUCCCGGAGUGGAACGUACCCCACACCGCUGAGCCUUCCUUCGUCAAUUCCUUUGGUGAUCCAGUCAAGAUUAGAUCCUGGCAGAUUGCUGGUCUACCCAGAGACAACCUGUCUAUUGAGAAUGGUGUUAUUGUGCAGUUCUCUCAACGUUGGCCGCUGUUUAUUGAUCCGCAGGGACAGGCUAACAAGUGGAUUAAGACAUUUGAGAAGGACAACGGCCUUGAUGUAGUGAAGCUGACUGAUCGUGACUUCCUACGUAGCCUGGAGAAUGCCGUACGUUUUGGCAAACCUUGCCUGCUGGAGAAUGUGGCCGAGGAGCUGGACCCAGCAUUGGAACCCAUCUUACUCAAACAGACAUUCAAGCAACAAGGCAGUACUGUCAUCAAGCUAGGAGAUGCUGUCAUCCCUUACCAUGAAGACUUCAAAUUCUACAUCACUACCAAGCUGCCUAAUCCUCACUACACACCAGAAGUCUCUACCAAGGUCACUCUGGUCAAUUUUACCCUCUCACCAAGUGGCCUUGAGGAUCAGUUACUCGCCCGCGUAGUGGCUGAAGAGAGACCAGAUCUUGAGGAGGCUAAGAACCAGCUGAUCGUCAGUAAUGCCAAGAUGAAACAAGAACUCAAAGAGAUUGAGGAUAAGAUCUUGGAGAGACUGAGCUCCUCUGAGGGUAACCCUGUAGAUGAUGUAGACCUCAUCAAGACACUGGAAGCAUCUAAGAUCAAAUCGCAUGAGAUUCAGGCUAAAGUGAUCGUUGCUGAGAAGACAGAGCGUGAGAUUGACGAGACUAGAUCCCAGUACAUCCCAGUGGCUGUCAGGACUCAGCUUCUAUUCUUCUGUACCACAGACUUGGCCAAUGUGGACCCCAUGUACCAGUAUUCCCUGGAAUGGUUCGUCAGGAUCUUCCUGGCCGGGAUAGCCAACUCGGAGAGAGCUGACAACCUUCCUCAGAGGAUUGUCAACAUCAAUGAAUACUUCACCUUCAGUCUGUACAGUAACGUGUGUCGUAGCUUAUUUGAGAAACACAAACUCAUGUUUGCCUUCCUGCUGUGUGUACGCAUUAUGCAGAAUGAUGGAAAGAUCGACAUGGAUGAAUGGCGUUUCUUGUUAUCUGGAGGUACCACUAUCCCCAAGGAGAUACCCAACCCAGCACCCAGCUGGCUGUCUGACAGGGCCUGGAGAGAGAUUCUGUCUCUCGCUGCUCUGCCCAAGUUUGCCAGUUUUGCGGAGUCUUUCUCCAGUCACCUUGAUGGAUUCCAGCACAUCUUUGACAGCGUUGAUCCACACCGUGAGGAUCUCCCUGGGGAAUGGCAGACGGACCUUGAUUCCUUCCAAAAACUCCUGGUCCUUAAGUGCAUCCGAGCUGAUAAAGUCACCAAUGCAAUGCAGGACUUUGUGUCUUCCCAUCUAGGCCAGCGAUUCAUUGAGCCUCAGACAGCAGACUUAGCCGUAGCCUACAAGGAAUCCUCCCCUACCUCUCCUCUAGUCUUUGUCUUGUCUCAAGGAACUGACCCUGCUGCUGAUCUCUACAAGUUUGCUGAGGAGAUGAGAUUCUCUAAGAAGUUAUCCUCCAUCUCCCUAGGGCAGGGACAGGGUCCACGUGCAGAAGCCCUGAUGAGAAGUGCCAUGGACCGAGGCAAAUGGGUCUUCUUCCAAAACUGUCAUCUCUCUCCUAGCUGGAUGCCUUCACUGGAGAGACUCAUUGAAAAUGUCGACCCUGAUAAGGUCCAUCGUGAUUUCCGCCUGUGGCUGACCAGCAUGCCCAGUCCCAAGUUCCCUGUAGCCAUCCUACAGAACAGCUCCAAGAUGACUAUUGAGCCACCACGAGGCAUCAAGGCAAACCUCAUGCAGUCUUACACCAGUCUGAAUGAUGAGUUCCUUAAUUCCUGCACAGGCAAGACCCAUGAGUUCAAGAGCUUGAUGCUGUCCCUGGCUCUCUUCCAUGGCGUGGUGAUUGAGAGACGCAAGUUUGGCCCGCUAGGCUUCAACAUCCCCUACGAGUUCACCACUGGUGACCUGCGUAUCUGCAUCAGUCAGCUGAAGAUGUUCCUGAUGGAGUAUGAAGAGAUUCCAUUCAAGGUGCUGACCUACACAGCAGGUCACAUCAACUACGGCGGUCGCGUGACUGAUGAUCGUGAUCGUCGCUGUCUGAUGAACGUCCUGAACGACUUCUACAACAAGGUUGUCUUGGAGGAAGAGCACAGCUACUCAGCAUCGGGAAUCUACAGACAGAUCCCAACAGCCAUGGACCACAAUGGUUACACGUCGUACAUUAAGAGCCUUCCCAUCAACGACACACCUGAAAUCUUUGGUCUCCAUGACAAUGCCAACAUCACAUUUGCCCAGAACGAGACAUUCUCCACCCUGUCGUGCAUCCUGCUCCUUCAGCCUAAGACUGCUACGGGAGCCGGCCGGUCCCGUGAAGAGGUGAUUGAGGAGACAGCGAAGAGCAUUCUUGAGCGUGUUCCCCAGCCUGUGGAUAUCGCCAUGGUUACCAAGAAACAUCCAGUGAUGUAUGAGGAGUCCAUGAACACUGUGCUGAUUCAAGAAGUUAUCAGAUACAAUCGUCUGUUGAAUGUCAUCCACCGCACGUUGAAGGAACUACUGAAAGCUCUCAAAGGGUUGGUGGUGUUAUCUGAGGAGCUAGAAACCAUGUCCAACAGCAUGUACAUCAACUCUGUGCCUGAACUCUGGGCAGGCAAGGCCUACCCAUCUCUCAAGCCUCUCUCCUCCUGGGUGACUGACCUCGUCGCCAGGAUGCAUUUCCUUCAAGACUGGAUUGAUAACGGCAUCCCCAGCGUCUUCUGGAUCUCGGGCUUCUUCUUCCCUCAAGCUUUCCUGACGGGAACUCUGCAGAACUACGCUCGACGAGCCAUCAUCUCCAUUGAUACCAUUGGCUUUGACUUUGCUGUCAUAAAUGAGCCUGCAGAAAACAUCACCAAACGUCCAGAAACUGGCUGCUUUGUUCGUGGACUGUUUCUAGAGGGCGCCAGAUGGAGCCAUGAGCAGCAUCAAGUGACAGAAUCCAGACCCAAGGAGCUGUACACUGACAUGCCUAUCAUGCAGUUUCUACCAGCAGAGAACCGUACACAACCAGAGGAAGGGAUGUAUGUAUGUCCUGUGUAUAAGACACUCACAAGAGCAGGUGCCUUGUCCACAACCGGUCAUUCCACCAACUACGUGUUACCAGUGGAGAUUCCCUCUGACAAACCCCAGUUCCAUUGGAUCAAGCGAGGUGUUGCACUCAUCUGUGCAUUGGACUACUAAGAUGUACACAGCUACAGGAUCAUCAACUACGUGUUGCAUAACAUAUCAGAAAUCACUAACUACAUAGCCUUAUUAUUGUUGUGGUAGUUAUUGUGUGAAGAUUUGUAUCAUCAGCUUUGUAUUAAAUUUAGAUACAUGUAAUGGUAUUGACACACACAUUGGCAGAAUUGCAGUCAUGCAUGUCAGAGAAUCUGCAUUUUUAUACAUUCAUUUUCCAAGUUGAAUCCGUCCAUACAAUACAUUCUGCUGUUUAAAUACACGCGAGUCCAACUCUCAUGGUCGUUUGUUUUGAAAACAAUUUUCAUUGCGCUUCUAACUGGUUUUUUAAUAGUGCUGUUGAAGUUUGUAUAUGUUUAGCUAAUUAAAGGUAAUGUACAUUUAUUAAUGGACAAAUUAAUUACUUCCAGUUUGAUGUGUUUCCACGUGAUCUGCAAUUGCGUUUUGCAAGCACCUUCAUUGAUGUAUUCCAGUAAACAUUCCGUCCCAUUCAUAUAUUUUAUACAAGUCUACACCAAAAAACUUUUGUAAAUACAGAGAUCAUUAAGCUUUGAAGUUUUUUUAAGAGAUUAUUUGUUCCAUUUUUAAUAUUUUGUGUGGGAAUGCUUAAAACUACAAGACAAGAGUGAAUGACAACACAACUUCAAAUGUUGAAUGCUUUCUAUAUAUAUUUUAUUUACUUCAAGAUUGUCAUGCAUAUAUUGUGGUGCCUUGUUCCGUCCAGAAAACAAUUUAAGGUUUCAAACAUGAUCCUGCCAUGCUAAAAGUGUUGUCCUUCCAAUCAAAACAACUUAAGCAAGGUUUGCCGACUUGUAUAUUCAAAAUUGGGAAAAUUUGUAUGGAAUUUAAGGAAUAACUUCUCAAAGCAAUUUAUAGCAUUACAUUCGUUGAAUUCCUGUUUAUGAAUUUGGAAAACAAAGUUUUAAGAUUUCCUACAGUUUUCUGUAGUACUGCUUAAAUAUUUAAGUAAUACAUAACUUGUGUAUAUAAGCCUUCAGAUUUAUAUUUGAUUGAAAUAAACUUUAUUUUGCUUGAGUAACCAUAA